UUUUUGAGGCCAACUUUUGACCAAAUUACAGCAGAAAAUAAACUGUAGAGCUAAUAACAACCAUGCUUAAGCCAUGCGUUUUAGUCUUCACAAUUUAAAAAGUUAGAAAUCGUUUUAUUACCAAAAUAAGAGUCAGUCGAUAUAAUUUAUUACAAAAUUAUCUCUUCGUCUUCGUCAUAAAUAAUUAUAUUUUUCAUUAAAUUGAUUUUUGAACUUGAUUUUUUAUAACUUUUUGUCGAAAUUACAAUGAAUAAAGUGAGAGGAGUUCGAAUGAAAGGAAGUUUCAAACAGUUCCAAGACGAAGAAGAGUUUUACAAGAAGCAACAACUUGACCAGUACUUAGAGGACACUCGUAAAAACAUAGAGAUAGUUCACUACAGUUUCCUGCCGCAGAGCAGAUCCCAUUUCAAACAACACACUUUGGACGUGUACUAUGAUGAGUCAUUAACGAAAACCCCCGCGGUGAAGUCACGUGGUGUGAGCAGGAGGGGUACUCAGGUGGUCCCCCCAGUUGUGCCCAAAUACACUGAUGAUGAGCGAGCGGACAUGGAACGAGAAGUGGCUCUAUUGUCAAUACAGCUCAGUGAAAAUCCAUCCCGAAGGUCAUCCAGAAAAACUGUGAGGUCAAGAUCCAGUCGGAAGGCAGACGGAGUGGACAUGGGAGGUCGGAACAACACGGCGGCCUCCUCGUUCUCUGCUGCACCCCCUUCUGCGAGUGAACAAGUUCCGACAGGGGAGAAGCUAAAUGCCCGACUGAAUGCGAGGAAGGUGGAGCGAGGCCAAAAGGGGGAGGGGUGGAGAUUGCCCAGCAACAAAGAUCUUACGGGUAUCUGGGGAUCGAGACGACUUUACUUGCAGAAAUUGACCUCUAAAAUGGACCGGUCACUGGAGUCGCGAAGUCAAGGCAUACGCCAGGGUAUAGCAAGUGCGCCUCCUCAAUACUUCGCACGUGAAAACACUUUUUCGACCAUGACUGGAAGAGAUCAUCCCCCCGCUACAGCUGCUACACGACCCAUGACUCAAAAACAUACGGCGCCCCCCACCAGGGGAAAGUUAAUAAUACUAAGAGAUCAUGCACUUGAGCGGACAACUCCAUAUGCGACUAAACUGACACUUGAAGACAUAGCUCUGCCAACAAGUGAGCACAGAAAGGGAAGAAACAAAAGAGUAAGGUAUCAACUCAAUGCGUACGGGCAGUCGAACCCCUUUAUUGGGCAUCUAACGGGACCCGAGACAUCUUCACCCCGAGCAAGUCACAUGAUAGCCACUUGAAAAUGUGAAACUAUUUUAUUAAUUUUAGACGCUGCGUGAACUCUUCCAACAUUGAAUUGAACGUAAUUUGUAUCUGUUCCCGUUUCUUAAUUAAACUCAACAAAAAAGGAAGCUAGUUUUACAAAUUUUUCAAUUCUAGUUUGGAAGUUUUGGA